AUGCAUUUUUCCGCUGUCCUCGGUCUCCUUUCGGUGGCAGUCGCCCUGCCGUCUGCUCUGAACAUCGACGCCCAAGGCAAUAGUCUCAGCGUCACUGAGCGGGAAGUGGGAGAGGUUGUCAACCGCUCCCCCGAGCAAUCCGCCCAGGAUAUCGCCAUUCUCGUCGAGAGAGCCUUGUACGAUCAAACGGUCGACUGGCCUUCCAGCAGUGUCAACCUCGGCACCAUCAGCUUCCAAACCCAGGUCAACAACCUCGGCAGCGACCGCUACCAGAUUAAUUGGUGGAACACGGAUCCCGCCAACUCAGCGCGCAAGAUCAAGCUCACCUUUAACGCGGGCGAUGGCACCCGCCUCUACGACGUUGUGUCCUCACCUCAGACCAGGGGCACCACCGAAGUCACCAAGCGCGGCACCCAGUUCCGCGUUAUAUUUGACCAAGAGUAA